AUGGAGGCUGUGCUGGAGAAGAAAAGGAAGGUUCCUGCUGUGCCAGAAACCCUUAAAGAAAAGCGAAGAAAUUCCGCAGAGUUGAAGGUGAAGCGCUUUCGGGAAAAGUUUGCACUGAAGAGACUGCAGAAGGCACCUAGGAAACUUAUCUAUGAAAAGGCAAAGUAUUACCACAAGGAAUACAGGCAGAUGUACCGGAGGGAGAUUCGCAUGGCUAGGAUGGCAAGGAAAGCUGGAAAUUCCGACAUGCCUGCAGAACCCAAGCUGACAUUUGCCAUGCAAAUCCGAGGUAUCAAUAGUGUGAGUCCAAAGGUCCGCAAGGUGUUGCAGCUGCUCCGUCUAUGUCAGAUCUUCAACGGCACCUUUGUUAAGCUCAAGAAGGCUUCAAUUAACAUGCUGAGGAUUGUGGAACCAUACAUU